GUGCGCGCAGGCCUCUGGGAGUUGUAGUGCAGUGCACGCAGCGCAGUCCCGGCGCUUGGUGGGACAGCCUUUGUUUCGCGGUUAGGCUGGAGCCUGGUGACUUGGCCAACUGGGUGAUCCAGAACAGUCUAUCAUCAUGUCAGAUGAUUAGCAACCAGAAUUGCUUCUUGCCAUGUGUUAAUCGCAUAUGUACUCUGGGGUCACAACAUGGACAUCCUUACAAGUCAUUACUCAGCUACCCACACCAGCUUGGCCUUGUUUCUUUCAGACUUGGAAACCAGACAAGACACCAAACUGUCAGCCCUAAAGCAAGGCAUCUCUGAAGACCUGUCCCACAGAUUUCUUCACAAAGAUUUCUCUGGGGUGGCCUGUGGCCCAGGGUUGACACAGAGGGCACCUGGGAGUGGUGGCAUGGAUGCCUUAUAAGCCCCAGUGUGCAGGUGGUCUUUGUGCCAGUAAAGAUACUCACACAGGAGUAGCAGGGGAAUGGGCUUGGGGACAACCUGAGAUUGAGCCCCAACCUCCCAGCUCAACCAAUGACUCCUGAGAGGCACAGCCCACAUGUGUGGGAGACAUAUGGAAAAAGAGAGAAGCUAGACUCCAAGGUAAGUGCUCAACAGAAAGCCUACACAAAGGAGAAAUUGUAUGAAUGCCAGGAGUGUGAAAAGGCCUUCAGCCACAGCUCAGCACUCAUUGAGCACCAUCGAACGCACACAGGAGAGAGACCUUGUAAGUGUCCCCUGUGUGGUAAAGGCUUCCAAAACAGCUCAGCACUUAGCAAACACCAGAGGAUCCACACCAGGGAGAAGCCGUACAGGUGUACUCAGUGUGGCAGGACCUUCAACCAGAUUGCCCCUCUGGUCCAGCACCAGAGGGUACACACAGGCGAGAAGCCUUACGCAUGUGGGGAGUGCGGCAAGGCCUUCAGCUUCAGGUCCUCCUUCAGCCAGCAUGAGCGUACUCACACAGGUGAGAAGCCUUAUGCGUGCCAGGACUGUGGCAAGGCCUUCCGGCAAAGCAUCCACCUCACCCAGCACCUGCGCACACACACUGGAGAGCGGCCCUACCACUGCAGGGACUGUGGCAAGGCCUUCAGCCACAGCUCAUCCCUCACCAAGCACCAGCGCAUCCACACAGGUGAAAAACCCUAUGCGUGCCUCGAGUGUGGCAAGGCCUUCACCCAGAUUACACCACUCAUCCAGCACCAGAGGACGCACACUGGGGAGAAGCCCUAUGAGUGCAGUGAGUGUGGCAAGGCCUUCAGCCAGAGCACGCUGCUGACUGAGCACCAGAGGAUCCACACAGGAGAGAAGCCUUACAGGUGUCGUGAAUGUGGAAAGACCUUCAGCCACAGCUCCUCACUGAGCCAGCAUGAGCGCACACACACGGGUGAGAAACCCUACGAGUGCCAGGACUGUGGCAAAGCCUUCAGGCAGAGCACCCACCUCACCCAGCACCAGAGGACACACACUGGAGAGAAACCAUAUGAGUGCAGCGAGUGUGGCAAGGCCUUCGGCCACAGCUCGUCCCUUACCAAGCACCAACGCAUCCAUACAGGUGAGAAGCCCUAUGCAUGCCAUGAGUGUGGCAGGGCCUUCAGCCAGCUGGCACCUCUUGUCCAGCACCAGAGAACACACACUGGGGAGAAGCCCUACCAGUGCACUGAGUGCGGCAGGGCCUUCAGCCAAAGCUCCCUCCUCAUAGAGCACCAGAGGAUCCACACCAAGGAGAAGCCCUAUGGGUGCCAUGAGUGUGGGAGAUCCUUCAGCCACAGCUCCUCACUGAGCCAGCAUGAGCGCACACACACAGGUGAGAAGCCUUAUGAGUGCCAAGACUGUGGCAAGGCCUUCCGGCAGAGCACCCACCUCACCCAGCACCGGAGGAUCCACACUGGGGAGAAACCAUAUAAAUGCAGGGACUGCGGCAAGGCCUUCAGCCACAGCUCAUCCCUCACCAAGCACCAGAGGACUCACAGCGGGUAGGCCCACUCACCUGUGCUGGAGAUAUGCGGACCCUAUAAGCCAUAGUUCAUUGUAGUAGCCUUCUCUCUGUCCCACUCACACAUACACAUGCACACUUGUCAGCCUGUCACACACCCUCAGAGUCCACACUGACUGAAAGAGUCUAUACAGCAGGCAAGUGUGGAGAUAACACAGAGGAACUUCAACUUGGAGUGCCCAUCAAUGUUACAUUAUAGAACCUAGAAACAGGAAAGUACACAUGCAGAGUGGUGAUGGCUUCUGUCCAGCCUUUACCAUAUUCUAAACCAGAGGUGUUCAAAGUGGUGAGAAUAUACCAAAUGCUUUUCACAUUAAAAAAUGAUGUUAGAAUUUGCUAGCAGUGCACAUUGUCUUCUCCAGGGUGAGAGGUGCUUAAAAAUGGUUCACAUUUACUAAAAAACAUGGCAGAGCAUAUUGUUCCAGAGUGCUCCAGAAAUGAGAGUGCAUCUGCAUGAACUCACUAUGGAUGCUUGACUUAUCUCAGCACAAACCUGGUUUGUGUGUGAACUGUCCCAUCAGGGUAUGUGGCAGCCGGUCCCAGAGAUCUGAACUUCAUGUGACACAGUACCAAUGCACUAUAUGUAAAUGUAAAUUUGUUGUCUCUUGAUCAUUUUGCAGUAAGUUAAAAUGUCUAUGCACAGUGGUUGAAAAGCUUUCUAUGGGAAGACUACAAACAUAAAAUGACUUCAUGGAAUCUCAGAUUGUAUGGCAGCUUUUGCCACAUUGUUCUGUGAAUUUCACAGAACUCAUAGGCAUUAGAUGCAGAUGCUUCUGUAUAAAAAGGGGGAAAUAGUUAAGCUAUCAUCUCAGCAGGAAAAUUCUAUAUUUUACAAGAUUUCUGCCUUUUGGAAACUGUACAAGUUAAUCCUCUCCUAAAUUGGUUUUUCAUUGAUUCUUCAUCCCCGUGUAAGCUUUUGUUUUUAUAACUUUCAAGUUCACAGUACUUCAUUGAACCCUGAAUCUCCAAAUAGCAGCCUCCUUGCAUAGGUAGUGCUUUGCUGUCCUUGUUGUUAGGUACUUCUUUCUUCAACUGUCAGUUGUGCCUUAAGUCAGUGAGUUUGCUUUCCCUAAUUGUAAUGGUGGCAUACUGUAAAUUUCUAGUUAACUCUCAAUUUCUCUCUUGGGACCAUGCUGCAAAGUCUUCCAGUACAGUUUCUUGGUAAGCUUCUGGAAUGCCUUUCUGGAGUUAGUUGCAUUGUUAUUUUAACAUUAAGAGAGUCAGGGUAAAUCAUGCAUGGCAGCACUAUCCAAAAGAAACUGCAAGGUACACAGGUGACUUUUAAUACUGGAUUAAUCCCAUUUGAAAACCAGGAGCAGAUACAGUUAAUAAUCACUCCUAAUGUACACCACAUAUUGCUGUUUUAACAUGUGGGUAGACAAAAACUAUUCAGCUAACCAUUCUUUCUGUGCAUUACAUUUUUAAAACCUAGCACACAUUUUACACUUGCAGCACAUCACCCAACACACACAAUCAGCCAGGGAAAAUGGGGCAGCGCAAUGCAGUAGCUUCAGUCCUUUGUGUAGCUGUCUUGAACUCCUUCCUUUUGUAGCAUGAAUUCUCCUUUUUUCUCCAUGUUUGUCUUUGGGUAGAUGUGCUGGGAGACCAGACUGUGUAAAUUGCAUGAUGGCUUCUGCUCUUAGAUCCAGUGUGGAUAUAUGUAAUAUUUCAGAAACCUAUGGAUCCAUUCCAUUAAUAAAGACAGCAAAGGUGCAUGCUGGCUCACAGCAGAAUGCUGUGACAUGAAGGGCUGUGGUUGGAAAAAAUUAUCACUCUGUAACUACCAUGCUAAAGACUGACUCAGGCAAGAAUCAUCCAUGGAGGCUAAAUAUAGAGGCAGAAUUUUGA